AUGGGCUCUGAAGGAAGGAAGCUCAUUUGCGUCGUCGGUGCCACUGGCAACCAAGGCGGCUCCGUAGCUCGGCGGUUUCUUGCCGCCGGAUUCCGAGUCCGUGGUCUCACUCGCAAUUCUUCCUCUCCCGCAGCCAUAGAGCUUGCAUCACAAGGUGCAGAGCUGUUCGAGGCGAAUCUCGACGAUCCAAGCAGCCUCGACCAGGCAUUUGCCGGUGCAAAUGUCAUUUUUAGCGUUACCGACUACUGGGAGCCCUUCUUCCACCCGGAGUCCCAGUAUCGCCAUGGCAAGAACAUAGUCGACGCCGCUGCAAAGGUCGCGGGUUCGCUGGAUGCAAAUGGUUUCCUCGUUUCCACAUUGAGCCACGCGGGCAAAUGUAGCGGCGGCAAGUUCAAGGAGCUGUAUCAUUUCGACUCCAAGGCCGACAUCUUCCCAACAUACGUUGAGGAGCACUAUCCCGAGCUUGCGGCCAAGAUGUCGUGCAUUCAAACGGGCUUUUUCUACACAAGUUUCAAUAUACUGCCGCAUUCUUAUUUUGGAAAACUUCCUGAUGGACGCAUUGAGAUGGCCUUUGCUACGGUUCCUACAAAGACCAUUCCCCAUUUCGCCCCCGUCGAUGACAUGGGCCCUUUCACCUAUGCCGUCUGGCAAAUGCCCCCUGGAAAGCAUUACAUGGCCGCGGGUACAAACUGCACCUGGCCAGAGUUUAUCGAGACUUGGAGCAAAGUUUCUGGCGUUCCAGCCACCUACAGGCAGAUUUCCCCCGAGGAGAUGAUUAAGGCAACUGGCGAGCCGCAGCUUGGCGGCGAGAUUACCGACAUGUUCUUGUACAGCUCGCAACCAGGUUAUGACGGUGGUAUGGACGUUUUACAAGCAGAGGAUAUCAGAAAGGCUGGCAUUGACUGUCCUAUGACAACUUGGGAGGAGUGGGCAAAGAGACAGGACUGGGUGGCUAUUCUCGCUCGUCUGCAUGGCACUGCUUAA